GACGCGACUGAUCAUCAUCUCGGGACACAAAACAGUGACGUGUUGGGUGGAAGCAACAAAAACAAUUGAGACACCACAUCAAGGUGCUGAUUCACCCGAAUCGAAUCUUUUGUUGAUGAUUGUGUCAUAGCAACCGUGGCCAAGCCCGAAGCAAAGUCAUCAUCUCGACCACUGAUCACAUUAUUUUGCUGUUGUGUUACAUUUAGUGUUGUUUCAAGAUGAUCAAGCUGAUUCUUUUCUUCUCCCUUUUGAGCUUCUGCAAUGCUUUCACGGUUCCUGUCACGAGAACUAGCAUGAAUGCUCCCAGAUCGAUAAUUCUGAGGAUGAGUGAGCCCGAAAAGCCUGCAGCCCCAGCAAUGGAAGAAGUGUCUGCUGACAGCUCUGCUGUUGAAGUGGAUCCGAUGGAAGAGGUAGAAAUGGACGCGGAGACCAAGCUUCAAAUGGAAAAACAACGUCGAGCCGAGGAACUUCGGGCGCAAGAGGUUUUCAUGAAAAAGAGCACUGGUAUCUACAAAUGCACCAACUGCGACUGGGAAUAUGACGAAGAAAAGGGAGAUAAAAUGAUGAUUGGAGGAAUGAUCGAUCCAGGAACAAAGUUCGAAGAGCUUCCAGCAAAUUGGCGUUGUCCUGUCUGCCGGGCAUCCAAGGAUUCCUUCGAUGAAGUGGUGGAAGAGAUUCCAGGAUUCGAAGUUAACCAAGGAUAUGGAUUUGGUACCAACGCGUGGACUGCAGGACAGAAAAAUCUUGCAAUCUUCGGAGGGCUUGGUGCCUUCUUCCUUCUCUUCCUUUCGGGAUAUGCCUUGAGUUAAAUCAACAAUCUGCAUGCUAGGACUCAUUGGAAUUUUCGUUCCAUGGUUGUAUACUAACAAGCAAAUGCAAGGGCCCUCCAACUGUGUGGAGAUGGCACUAGCUAGAAUAUACAAUCAUGCAUUUCUAAAUUUCAAUUUCAUUUGGCUUUCCAUUUUCGUCCUACCGCUACCGGUAGCUUCGUAUCAGUGUUGCCUAAUAUUUCCUUCUAAACAUCUUCGAUCGACAUUCCUCUUCCAUACGCUAGCUGGGAGGACUCCCGUCAAUCAUCUGAUAUCUGAUCAGUGGUACC